AUGUCAUCCUCUGUGCCUCAAGGUCAUACCUGGGUCCGACAAGUGAAGAAGGAGGAUGAGGAAGAAGACCCCCUGGAUCAGCUAAUCUCCCGCUCUGGCUGUGCUGCCUCCCAUUUGGCAGUGCAGGAGUGCAUGGCCCAGCACCAGGACUGGCGGCAGUGCCAGUCACAGGUGCAGGCCUUCCGGGAUUGCAUGAAUGAGCAGCAGGCAAGGCGGCGAGAGGAGCUACAGAGAAGGAAAGAGCAGGCCAGUGCUCGCCGCUGAGACACCAAACCACCUGUCUCCAGAGAUCACGAGAGGAAGAGAUCCUGAAUGCUGGAAGUGUGGGCCAGGAGGUGUAAAACUUUGGGGAUAGUCUUUGGGACUGGGGUUGACAGCAUGACACCAUGGAUUUGAACAUGACUGCCUUAAAGAGCUGUCGUAUUUUAAUGUCAGAUCCUGCCCAUCCUUGCCCUUGUCCCACCAGCAUAUGCUUAUGUAGAACAAAGAGUGGGAUAAGGCAAUGCUCCUCCACCCCACAUCUUGUGUCAGUGUGCCAUGAUUACAGGUUCAUCUUAAUUUUCAAAGUAAAUCUAAGGGUGGACUGGA